AUGAGCCGCCCCGACGUUCUCAUCGUAGGUGCUGGCCCUACGGGACUCGUUACGGCCCUGUGGCUAGUCAAACAAGGCAUCUCCGUUCGCAUCAUCGAUAAAGUGCGGGCGGAUGCAUCGACCUCACGAGCGCUAGCCAUCCAGGCGAGGACAUUGGAACUAUACCGCCAGCUAGAUAUUGCAGAAGACGUUGUCGCAAAAGGACAUAAGAUUCAAGCGACAAAUGUGUGGUCCGAAGGAUCUCACAGAGGGCGCAUCCCUAUCGGCGAUAUUGGCUCCGGCCUUACACCAUACCCGUUCAUUCAUAUCCUCUCUCAAGACCAGCAUGAGAGACUCUUGGAAGACCGCCUCAAUGCCCUCGGUGUCCAGGUGGAACGAGACCGAGAGUUGGUAGACUUUGCGGAGAACGGCUCUUCCAUCAUAGCACAGCUAAGGAAGCGUGUUGACGGCAAUGGAGAUGAAGAUACUGAGACCAGUGAAGCCACUUUCAUUGUGGGCUGUGACGGGGCGCAUUCAGCUGUACGUCGUGUUAGCGAAAUCGACUACGCUGGGGCCACGUACUCUCAUAUCUUCUUCGUUGCCGAUAUCGAAGGAAGUGGUCCAGCGAUCAACGGGGAAGCGCAUGUUACCUUCAACCAGUCCGAAUUCAUGCUGCUGUUUCCGUAUGAUGAUAACCGCCGAGCGCGCAUUUCUGGAGCCGUGGACGAUCAGGCGGCAGGAAAAGGCGUUGACAUAACCUUUGAGGACGUCCGCUCGGAGAUGAUACGUACGCUAGGGUUGCAGAUCGACAAGGUUAACUGGUUUUCUACGUAUCGCAGUCACCACCGCGUAGCAGCCGCUUUUCGCAAGGGCAGGGCAUUCUUGGUAGGCGAUGCGGCACAUAUUCACAGCCCAGUUGGCGGGCAAGGAAUGAAUACUGGUAUUGGGGACGCAAUCAAUCUCGCCUGGAAGCUAGCAGCAGUUAUCAAGGGACAGGCCACACUAGAUUUGCUGGAAAGCUACGAAAAGGAACGCCGAGCGUUUGCCACCCAGCUAGUCAACACAACAGACAGCGGAUUCAACCUCGUUAUCUCUCAGGGCUACUUCGCCCGAAUCCUGCGGACAUGGGUUGUUCCCUAUGUUGCGCCCAUGCUCGCCAAGAUUGACCAUGCUCGCCACAAGGUCUUUCAAAGGGUCUCUCAGAUCAUGAUCAAUUAUCGACACAGUGCCCUGUCGACUGGCGCAGUCGGCUCGAUCCACGGAGGUGACCGCUUGCCCUGGGUAACUGUGGGGGACAUUGACAAUUUCGAGAGCUUGAAGUCAAUAACCUGGCAGGUGCAUGUUUAUGGUGAGCCCAAGGAGGACCUGUUGACAUGGUGCCAGUCGAAGAAUAUCCCCUUGCAUACCUUUUCCUGGGGUGAGAAGUAUCGAGCUGCCGGGUUGCAAGCUGAGGCAGCGUACCUUAUCCGACCGGACACAUAUAUUGCAAUCGCCGAGCCCUCGGGCGACUCUCAGGUAUUGCAAAAGUAUUUUGAGGAUAUUGGGCUUGACUUGUGA